AUGAUCCCCACAUCUUCCUCUACCAGCUUCUACAAGGAGCCCGAGUUCGAGACUAUCCAGCUCCAUGCUGGACAGGAGGUCGACUCUGCCACGAACGCACGUGCGCCGCCCAUCUAUGCCAGCACUAGCUUCGUCUUUAACAACUCCAAGCACGGCGCGGAUCUGUUUGGGCUGAGGUCCCUCGGUAACAUCUACUCGCGCAUGGGCAAUCCCACCGUGAGUGUAUUCGAGAGACGCAUGGCAGCCCUGGAAGGCGGCGUAGCGGCCGUCGCGACCGCGAGCGGUCACGCCGCGCAAUUCAUGGCCAUCGCCGCUAUCUGCCGCGCAGGGGACAACAUUGUCUCGUCGUCCUAUCUGUAUGGAGGAACUUACAAUCAAUUUAAAGUCUUCCUCAAGAAGUUCGCUAUUUCCGUCAAGUUCGUGCACGCUCAGGACCCAGCAGCGUUCGCGGCCGCCAUCGACGAGAAGACCAAGGCGCUCUAUGUAGAGAGCAUCGGGAACCCCAAGAACACCGUCGCACCUCUCCCGGAGAUAGCCAAGGUGGCACACGAUAACGGCAUCCCGCUCAUUGUCGACAACACCUUUGGUGUCGGCGGCUACCUCAUCAGACCGAUCGAGCAUGGCGCCGACAUAGUCACUCACAGCGCCACGAAGUGGAUUGGCGGGCACGGCACCGUCCUUGGCGGGGUCGUCGUCGACGGCGGCAAAUUUGACUGGGCAGCGUCGGGCAAGUUCCCCGACUUCACCGAGCCCGCGGAGGGGUACCACGGGAUGCGCUUCACCGAGACGUUCGGGCGCGCGGUGCUCGCGGUAAAGUGUCGGCUCGACGUCCUGCGCGACAUGGGUCCCUGCAUGGACCCCUUCGCGGCGUUUCUCCUCCUGCAAGGUCUCGAGACGCUCAGCCUGCGCGCGCAGCGGCACUCGGACAACGCGCUCGAGCUCGCACGAUGGCUAGAACGCCACCCAAAGGUCGCGUGGGUCUCGUACCUCGGGCUGCCCACGCACGAGUCGCACGCGGACGCGCUGCGGCUGCUCCGCGUGCGGCGCGCGUUCGGCGGCAUGCUCACGUUUGGCGUGCGCGGCGAUGCGCAGGUCGGGAGCGAGGUCGUCGACAAGCUGAAGCUCGCGAGCAACCUCGCGAACGUCGGGGAUGCGAAGACGCUGGUUAUUCACCCGGCGAGCACGACGCACCAGCAGCUGAGCGCGGAGGAGCAGCUCGCUUCGGGGGUGACGCCUGACCUCAUCCGGGUGUCCGUCGGCAUCGAGAACAUUUCCGACAUCAUAGCGGACUUCGAUAACGCACUGAAGGUCGUGCCGUAA